GAGAGGGGAGGGGGGGUCGAACUGACAGGCACAGCUGACUUAUUGUGUUUACAGAUUCCCAGUAACACAGCAAACUAGUCACUCCCGAGUCUCUCCUUGGAGCCCCGCCAACACUCCAGAUCACGCCUAGGGAUCGUCUACAAGGCUCCCUCUCUCUUUAUAUAUAUAUAUAAAAAAAAUCCUGUUUUCCUUGCCAGUUGAAGAAUUAAAACUCUCCCCCGCCGCCUUCCAGUUCGUGUCCUGCCCAGUUGUGUUUCUGCAGAAGGGGGUAUUUUUCUCGCCCGCUCGCAGGGCACACCCCCUCCCUCCCCUCCCCUCUCCCCUCCUGCCCGAUGCGGAUUCGGAACUUCCCUCGCCGCCCGCAGCAGUCCCUCUACCAGCGGCGCACCGGCCGGAGCGGGGCCUCUCCCUGAGCCGAUGAAUUACCGGGCUCUCAGCGUGCUGGCGUGCCUGGGCUUGCUGCGGCUGCCCGCGGCCUCGGCGCAGGGCAAGGAGCCGUCGCAGGGGCGCUUCAAGGUGGUCUUCACCCCCACCAUCUGCAAGAGGACCUGCAUGAAGGGUCACUGCCAGGACAGCUGCAAGAGGGGUAACACCACCACCCUGAUCAGCGAGAAUGGACAGGCGGCGGAUACCCUCACCGGCUCCGGUUUCCGAGUUGUCGUGUGCCCUCUGCCCUGCAUGAACGGCGGGCAGUGCAGCUCGCGCAACCGCUGCCAGUGCCCGCCGCACUUCACCGGCAAGUUCUGCCAGAUCGCCGUGGGCGGCAAGGCCCAGCUGCCCGCCCCGGCCGAGCAGCCGACUGACAAGGCCUCGGAGACCUACAAGCACUCGGUCUUCACCCUCCAGCUCAUGCCCGACGAGCACUCCUUGGCCAAGUUCAUCCCCGGCAUCCCGUACUCAGGUGGGCAUCGCCCCCGGGCCGCGCAGCUCCAGCCCGUCAUCAACCUCCACGUCCGCCACCCUCCGGAGGCCACGGUCCAGAUCCACCGCGUCUCCACUGUCGACGGCCACUUGGGCGAGCAGAAGAUCCUAGCGCCCGUGCACAAGGUCAACCACUACCCCCCGAGGACCCUCCCCACCUCCCAGAAAAAGCUGGGCCGCUGUUUCCAGGAAACCCUGCCGAAGACGUGCAGUAACCCGCUGCCGGGCCUGACCAAGGAGGAGGACUGCUGCGGGAGCGUCGGAGCCUCGUGGGGCUUCAACAACUGCAACAAGUGUCGGCACCAGCACUGUGAGUAGGCCGGGGCCUGGGCCU